GCUUGGCCUGAUGGAAGCCGAGAGGAGGCUUGGGAGCAGCUGCUGGAUGCCGUGAAGAGCAACGGCGUCAAGGUGCUUGUGGGCACGCAGAUCACCUGCGACGAGCAGGAUGACGAUCGGGACUGGCGACUCGUGAAGGAACUCCUUCAGAAGCUGGGCCGUGACCAUGUCAUGGGGGUUGCCGUGGGUAACGAGCUUGAGCUGCUGCAGUUCAAGAAAGGCAUCGACAUGACCUGCGUGCGCCA